AUGGCGGCGAGUCAGGGAGGCGGUGGGAACAGUGGGGGCGGCGGCUGCGGUGGAGGUGGAAGUGGCGGUGGCGGUGGUGCGGCUGGAGGAGGAGGAGGUGGUGGUGGAGGAGGAGGAGGUGGCGGGGCCGGGGCGGGAGGAGGUGGUGGCUGUGGCGGGACCGUGGCGGUGCCCAUCCCGGUACCGACUCUUUUCGGUCAGCCGUUCCCCAAUGGGCCGCAGUGGCACCCGGGGAGCUUGCAGCCUCAGCACACGGUGAGGAGCCUGGACCGGGCCCUGGAGGAGGCGGGGAACUCUGGCAUCCUGAGCCUCAGUGGCAGGAAACUCAGAGACUUCCCAGGCAGCGGCUACGACCUGACGGACACCACCCAAGCAGAUCUUUCCAGAAAUCGCUUUACAGAAAUUCCUUCAGAUGUAUGGUUAUUUGCACCUCUUGAAACUUUAAACCUAUAUCAUAAUUGUAUCAAAACAAUUCCUGAAGCCAUUAAGAAUUUGCAGAUGUUAACAUACCUUAACAUUAGUCGAAAUCUUUUAUCAACAUUGCCAAAAUACUUAUUUGACGUUCCACUUAAAGUUUUGGUUGUCAGCAAUAAUAAGCUGGUAUCCAUCCCAGAAGAAAUUGGAAAGUUAAAAGAUUUGAUGGAGCUGGAUAUUAGCUGCAAUGAAAUUCAGGUCCUUCCCCAACAAAUGGGAAAAUUACAUUCACUUAAAGAGCUAAAUAUAAGAAGAAAUAAUCUCCAUGUUUUGCCAGAUGAAUUAGGAGAUCUUCCCUUAGUGAAGUUGGAUUUCUCCUGUAAUAAAGUGACUGAAAUUCCUGUUUGCUAUAGGAAGCUACACCAUUUACAAGUAAUAAUUUUGGAUAACAAUCCAUUGCAAGUACCGCCAGCACAGAUAUGCUUAAAGGGUAAAGUACAUAUAUUUAAGUACUUGAAUAUACAAGCAUGUUGUAGAAUGGAUAAGAAACCAGAUUCUGUGCCUUCUCAGCCCCUCACAGACAGUAUGGAAGAUUUUUAUCCAAAUAAAAAUCAUGGCCCUGACUCUGGAAUUGGAAGUGAUAAUGGAGAGAAGCGAUUGUCUACAACGGAACCAUCAGAUGAUGAUACAAUCAGUCUUCACUCUCAAGUCUCAGAAUCGAACAGAGAGCAAACGUCAAGAAAUGACAGUCAUCUAAUAGGAAGCAAGCCUGAUUCACAGAAAGACCAGGAAGCAUAUGAUUUUAUUGAUCCCAACACAGAAGAUGUAGCAGUUUCUGAACAAGGAGAUACACAUAUUGGAUCAUUUGUCUCUUUCCUAAAGGGGAAAGAAAAGUGCUCUGAAAAAUCUCAGAAAAUUGAAGAACUGGGAAAUGAAAAAAAACUUGACAAAGAACAGUUACUUCAGGAGGAAGACGAUGAUGAUUUGAAAGAAGUAACUGAUUUGAGGAAGAUAGCUGCUCAGUUAUUGAAGCAAGAACAGAAGAACAGGAUUCUUAAUCAUUCAACUUCUGUCAUGAGAAAUAAGCUGAAACAAACUGUGGAAUGUGAAAAGAGUGUCUCAGCAGAUGAAGGGAAUUCACCAUUAUCACCCCUUGCAUGGCAGCCAUUAGAAAAUCAGAAGGACCAAAUAGUUGAACAACAGUGGCCAGAAUCUCAGCCUAUAAUCUGGCAAAACGAAGAAAGGAGACGGAGUAAGCAGAUCAGAAAAGAAUAUUUCAAGUACAAUUCAGCAAGGAAGAAUUCAAGUGGCAAUGAAAAUGAGGAGCAAGAGAGUGAUAAUGCUCAUAUGUCACCACAGUCUCCAGUAUCAUCCGAGGAAUACGACAGGACUGAUGGCUUUUCACAUGGUCCCUUUGGCUUGAAGCCUAGAUCAGCCUUUAGUCGUGCAUCUCGGCAAGAAUAUGGGGCAGCAGAUCCAGGGUUUACAAUGAGAAGAAAGAUGGAGCAUUUACGGGAAGAGCGUGAACAGAUACGGCAGCUUCGCAAUAACCUUGAGUCCAGAUUAAAAGUAAUUCUGCCUGAUGACAUAGGAGCUGCACUGAUGGAUGGGGUUGUUCUUUGCCACUUGGCCAAUCACAUAAGGCCACGCUCUGUAGCUAGUAUUCAUGUACCAUCACCAGCAGUGCCCAAGCUGAGCAUGGCGAAAUGUCGAAGAAAUGUAGAAAAUUUUCUUGAUGCUUGCAAAAAGUUGGGUGUUUCCCAGGAGAGACUCUGCUUGCCUCACCAUAUUUUGGAAGAACGAGGGCUUGUGAAAGUUGGUGUUACGGUUCAGGCACUCCUUGAAUUGCCUACUACCAAGACAUCUCAGCUUUCUAUGGCUUGA